CGGUCAUGUGAUCAGCUGUGUCCAAUCACAGCUGAUCACAUGGGACAUCUACACAGAUCAUCAGAGCACUGAUGAUCAGUGUGCCCUGAUGAUCUGUGUAGCCCCAGGAGCGCCACCUGUCAGUGUCCAUCAGUGCCAGCUCUCAGUGCUCAUCUAUGCCACCUGCCAGUGCCCAUCAGUGCCACAUUUCAGUGCCCAUCAGUGCCACAUCAAUGCCAUAUAUCAGUGCCCAUCUGAUCUGCCUUUCAGUGUCACCCAUCAGUGCCAGUCAGUGCCAUCUAUCAUUGCCAGUCAGUGCCACCUAUCAGUGCCAGUCAGU